UACGUAGGGGCUGGCUAGCCGCCAUCUUGCUUCUUUUUCUCGCUCGCUCGCUUCUUCUCGGGAAGCUGCGAAAGUGUUUUGGCCGUUUGUCCAUCCGCAGCUUCGGCUUUUCCAGUCCGGUGGCCCUUCCGGCCACCCCUUUAACCCCAGCUUUCCCUCCUCCUCCUUUCGAUCUGAGCUCGGUGGAGACCCUCGAAGUGCGCAAACUUGACACUCACCCUGACCGACUGGGGUUUUAAGGGGUGUGGCAGGAGGUUUUGGACUCGAUGAGUUUCCACCGAAAUGUCGGAGAAGUCAGGCCAGAGCACAAAAGCAAAGGAUGGGAAAAAGUAUGCAACACUCAGUUUAUUUAAUACUUACAAGGGGAAAUCGUUAGAAACACAGAAAACCACAGUUGCAGCUCGACAUGGAUUACAGAGUCUUGGAAAAGUUGGUAUUUCACGGCGCAUGCCUCCACCUGCUAACCUCCCGAGUCUUAAAGCAGAAAACAAAGGCAAUGAUCCCAAUGUGAACAUUGUACCUAAAGAUGGCACUGGGUGGGCAUCAAAACAAGAGCAACAUGAAGAAGAAAAAACACCAGAAGUGCCACCAGCACAGCCAAAACCUGGGGUUGCAGCUCCCCCAGAAGUAGCACCGGCUCCCAAAUCAUGGGCCAGUAACAAGCAAGGUGGGCAAGGAGAUGGAAUCCAAGUGAACAGUCAGUUUCAGCAAGAGUUUCCCAGCCUGCAGGCAGCUGGGGAUCAGGAAAAAAAAGAAAAGGAAACAAAUGAUGAGAACUAUGGACCUGGACCCAGUUUACGUCCACCAAAUGUUGCCUGUUGGAGAGAUGGUGGUAAGGCUGCUGGCUCACUCUCGUCAUCUGAUCAAGAUGAAAAGCUCCCUGGCCAGGAUGAAAGCACAGCUGUAACAUCAGAGCAAAAUGAUAUCCUCAGAGUGGUGGAAAAGAGGAUAGCUUGUGGCCCUCCACAGGCUAAACUGAAUGGACAGCAGGCUGCCCUCGCUUCCCAGUAUAGAGCUAUGAUGCCUCCUUAUAUGUUUCAACAGUAUCCGAGGAUGGCAUAUCCUCCUCUGCAUGGUCCCAUGAGAUUCCCACCUUCUUUAUCUGAAACAAACAAAGGCCUUCGAGGAAGAGGCCCUCCUCCUUCAUGGGCCUCUGAGCCUGAACGCCCAUCCAUUCUCAGUGCAUCAGAACUGAAGGAGCUUGAUAAAUUUGAUAAUUUAGAUGCUGAAGCUGAUGAAGGUUGGGCAGGUGCUCAGAUGGAAGUAGAUUAUACAGAGCAACUGAAUUUCAGUGAUGAUGAUGAACAAGGAAGUAACAGCCCUAAAGAGAAUAACAGUGAGGAUCAAGGUUCAAAAGCCUCUGAAAACAAUGAAAACAAAAAGGAAGCAGAUGAAGUUUCCAACACUAAGUCAUCUUCUCAAAUACCUGCCCAACCACCAGUAGCAAAAGGCCCCUAUGGGAAAGGGCCUCCAUUUAAUCAGGAACGUGGAACAUCUUCACAUCUGCCACCACCUCCAAAGUUGCUUGCACAGCAGCAUCCACCUCCAGAUAGACAGGCAGUACCUGGAAGACCAGGCCCCUUUCCCUCUAAGCAGCAAGUAGCUGAUGAAGAUGAAAUAUGGAAGCAAAGACGAAGACAACAGUCGGAAAUUUCUGCGGCAGUAGAACGUGCUCGUAAACGGCGUGAAGAGGAAGAGCGAAGAAUGGAAGAACAAAGGAAGGCGGCUUGUGCAGAGAAACUGAAACGGUUGGACGAGAAGCUUGGCAUCCUGGAAAAACAACCAUCUCCAGAGGAAAUUAGGGAAAGGGAGAGAGAAAAAGAAAGGGAGCGUGAAAAAGAACUUGAAAAAGAACAAGAACAGGAGCGAGAGAAGGAGAGGGAAAAAGAAAGGGAGAGGCAACAGGAAAAGGAGAAAGAGCUGGAGAAGGAGCAGGAAAAACAAAGAGAAAUGGAGAAGGAAAGAAAGCAAGAAACAGACCGAGAACUAGAACGGCAGAAAGAAAAGGAAAAAGAACUACAAAAGAUAAAAGAACAGGAAAAGGAAUGUGAGCUGGAGAAGGAAAGGGAGAAAUUAGAGGAGAAAAUCGAACCCAGAGAACCUAAUUUAGAUCCCACAGUAGAAAAACAAGAAAGUGAAAACAGCUGUAACAAAGAGGAGGAACCUAUUUUCACUAGACAAGACAGCAAUCGCAGUGAAAAGGAAGCCACACCAGUGGUGCAUGAAACAGAACCAGAAUCAGGAUCUCAACCUCGUCCGGCUGUAUUAUCUGGCUAUUUCAAACAGUUUCAGAAGUCUUUACCACCACGAUUCCAGCGGCAGCAGGAACAGAUGAAACAGCAGCAGUGGCAGCAGCAGCAACAGCAAGGUGUACUUCCACAGACUGUUCCUUCACAGCCAUCCAGUGGUACUGUCCCUCCUCCACCACACAGACCUCUUUAUCAGCCCAUGCAGCCUCACCCUCAGCAUUUGGCUUCCAUGGGUUUUGAUCCAAGGUGGCUCAUGAUGCAGUCCUACAUGGAUCCUCGAAUGAUUUCAGGAAGACCUGCUAUGGAUAUUCCACCCAUUCAUCCUGGAAUGAUUCCUCCUAAACCAUUAAUGAGAAGAGACCAGAUGGAAGGGUCACCAAACAAUUCUGAGUCAUUUGAGCAUAUAGCUCGAUCUGCAAGAGAUCAUGCAAUUUCCCUUUCUGAGCCUCGUAUGCUAUGGGGGUCAGAUCCCUAUCCUCAUGCUGAGCCUCAACAAGCAACUACUCCCAAAGCAACAGAAGAGCCUGAGGAUAUAAGGCCUGAAGCUGCAUUGGAUCAGGAACAGAUUACUGCUGCUUAUUCUGUAGAACAUAAUCAAUUGGAGGUUCAUCCAAAGGCAGACUUUGUCAGAGAAUCAAGUGAGGCAGAAGUGCAAAAGUUUUUAAGCAGAUCUGUGGAAGAUGUUAGACCUCACCAUACUGACACAAGUAAUCAAUCUGGUUGUUUUGAAGUACCUGAUCAAAAGACCUUAUCCACUCCUCAAGAGGAGCGGAUUUCAGCUGUAGAAAGUCAACCUUCCCGGAAAAGAAGUGUUUCCCAUGGAUCUAAUCAUACGCAAAAACCAGAUGAGCAGAGAAAUGAACCAUCUGCAAGCAUUCCUAAAGUAACCAGCAGAUGCAUUGAUUCAAAAGAACCAACAGAAAGGCCAGAGGAGAAACCAAAAAAGGAAGGCUUUUUACGAUCUUCCGAAGGACCAAAACCUGAAAAAGUAUAUAAAUCUAAAUCAGAAACUCGUUGGGGUCCACGACCAAGCUCCAACAGAAGGGAAGAAGGUAAUGAUAGACCUGUGAGAAGAUCGGGUCCCAUUAAAAAACCUGUACUUAGAGAUAUGAAAGAGGAACGAGAACAGAGGAAGGAGAAAGAAGGAGAAAAAGCCGAAAAGGUCACUGAAAAAGUAGUUGUAAAGCCUGAAAAGAUGGAAAAGAAGGAUCUUCUUCCUCCUGCACCACCACCUCAGCCACCAGCACCGAUUCAGCCACAGUCCGUUCCACCACCAAUUCAACCAGAAGCAGAGAAAAUUCCUUCACCUGAAACUGCAACUUUGGCUCAAAAACCAUCUCAGGAUACUGAGAAGCCUCUGGAACCUGUGAGUAGUGUUCAGGUAGAGCCUGCAGUUAAGACUGUAAACCAGCAGACUGUGGCAGCACCAAUAGUCAAAGAAGAAAAACAACCUGAGAAAGUUACCAGCAAAGACCUUGUGAUAGAGAGGCCUCGACCAGACUCAAGACCAGCAGUUAAAAAAGAAUCAACUUUGCCUCCCAGAACCUACUGGAAAGAAGCUAGAGAUAGAGAUUGGUUUCCAGAUCAAGGAUACAGAGGUCGAGGCCGAGGUGAAUAUUACUCCAGAGGUCGAAGCUAUAGAGGUUCUUAUGGAGGGCGUGGCAGGGGUGGUAGAGGACACACUCGAGAUUAUCCUCAAUACAGAGACAAUAAGCCCAGAGCAGAGCAUGUACCCUCAGGGCCUCUCAGACAGCGAGAAGAAAGUGAAACACGAAGUGAGAGCUCUGAUUUUGAAGUUGUCCCCAAAAGAAGACGACAGCGGGGUUCAGAGACUGAUACAGACAGUGAAAUUCAUGAAAGUGCAAGUGACAAGGACAGUUUAAGUAAAGGCAAACUUCCCAAAAGAGAGGAACGACCUGAAAACAAAAAGCCUAUAAAGCCUCAGUCUUCUUUCAAGCCUGAUAAUCAGGUUCGAAUAGAUAAUAGACUGCUAGAAAAGCCUUAUGUAAGGGAUGAUGAUAAAUCUAAACCAGGCUUUCUUCCUAAAGGAGAGCCUACAAGGAGAGGCAGAGGGGGAACAUUCAGGCGUGGUGGAAGGGAUCCUGGAGGCCGUCCAUCACGCCCUUCCACUUUACGAAGGCCACCUUAUCGGGACAAUCAGUGGAACCCAAGGCAGUCAGAAGUUCCUAAACCAGAAGAUGGAGAGCCACCAAGAAGACAUGAGCAGUUUAUUCCUAUAGCAGCAGAUAAGCGACCUCCAAAAUUUGAGCGAAAAUUUGACCCAGCUAGAGAAAGGCCUCGAAGGCAGCGUCCUACCCGACCACCAAGGCAAGACAAGCCGCCUCGAUUUAGACGGCUAAGAGAGAGGGAGGCUGCUUCAAAAUCAAAUGAGGUAGUAGCAGUGCCCACAAAUGGCACAGUUAAUAAUGUGGCUCAAGAACCAGUUAAUACUGUUGGGGAUAUUUCGGGGAAUAAGACACCAGAUUUAUCUAAUCAGAACUCUUCAGAUCAGGCAAAUGAAGAAUGGGAAACAGCUUCCGAAAGCAGUGAUUUCAAUGAGAGGCGAGAGAGGGAUGAAAAAAAAAAUGCUGACUUGAAUGCACAAACAGUUGUAAAGGUCGGAGAGAACAUUUUGCCUCCAAAGAGGGAAAUUGCAAAAAGAAGUUUUUCUAGUCAGAGACCAAUAGAUCGCCAGAAUCGACGUGGCAACAAUGGUCCACCCAAAUCAGGAAGGAAUUUCUCAGGUCCUAGAAAUGAAAGGAGAAGUGGCCCACCAUCAAAAAGUGGGAAGAGAGGGCCAUUUGAUGACCAGUCUGCAGGCACAACUGGGGUUGACUUUGUCAAUGGCAGCUCUGCACACCAUCAGGAAGGAGUAUCUAAUGGUACAGGACAGAAGAACUCCAAAGAUUCUACUGGGAAAAAACGAGAAGACCCCAAACCAGGUCCUAAAAAACCCAAAGAGAAAGUGGAUGCUCUGUCACAGUUUGAUCUCAACAAUUAUGCAAGUGUUGUUAUAAUUGAUGAUCAUCCUGAAGUAACAGUAAUUGAAGAUCCCCAAUCAAAUAUGAAUGAUGAUGGUUUUACCGAAGUGGUAUCCAAAAAACAACAAAAACGUUUACAGGAUGAAGAACGCCGAAAGAAAGAAGAACAAGUCAUACAGGUCUGGAACAAAAAGAAUGCAAAUGAAAAAGGAAGAAGUCAGACUUCUAAGCUUCCUCCAAGAUUUGCCAAAAAACAGGCUACAGGGAUCCAGCAAGCACAGUCUUCACCCUCAAUUCCACCCCUAGCUUCAGCUCCACUUCCACCUUCAACCUUAGCUUCAGCUUCAGCCUCAACCUCAGCUCCAGUUCCAGCAACCUUAACUCCAGUUCCAGCCUCAACCUCAGCUCCAGUUACUGCCUCAACUUUAGCUCCAAUUCUGGCCUCAACCUCAGCUCCAGUUCAAGCCUCACCCUUAGCUCCAGUUUCAGCCUCAGCCUCAGUCUCAGCUUCAGCUCCAGCUUCUACAUCAGCUGCAGCUAUAACCUCUUCUUCAGCUCCAGCCUCAGCCCCAGCUCCAACCCCCAUCCUUGCCUCAGUUUCAACCCCAGCUUCUGUCCCCAUUCUUGCCUCAGCCUCUAUUCCCAUUCUUGCUUCAGCCCUAGCACCAACUUCAGCUCCAGCGUCAGCCCCGGCAGCCUCUUCCCCAGCUGCCCCAAUCAUCACAGCACCAGCUGUCCCAGCCUCAGCCCCAGCCGCCUCAGUCUCACUUGUUCCUGCCUCAGCUUCCGCCCCAGCCCCAGCCCCUACCCCAGUCUCAGCCUCAACUCCUGCCCCUUCUGCCCCAGCCCAGACUCAAGCACAGACCCACAAACCAGUCCAGAAUCCACUACAGACUGCAUCACAGUCUUCAAAACAGCCACCACCAUCAAUUAGGCUGCCUUCAGCUCAAACACCUAAUGGUACAGAUUAUGUAGCCACAGGAAAAUCCAUCCAGACCCCACAGUCACAUGGCACUCUGACAGCUGAAUUAUGGGAUAACAAGGUGGCCCCACCAGCUGUGCUGAAUGAUAUCUCUAAGAAAUUAGGUCCCAUUAGUCCACCACAGCCACCUUCAGUCAGUGCAUGGAAUAAGCCCUUAACAUCGUUUGGAUCAGCUGCAUCAUCAGAGGGAGCGAAGAAUGGUCAAGAAAGUGGACUCGAAAUUGGAACUGACACAAUUCAGUUUGGUGCUCCAGCUUCAAAUGGAAAUGAAAAUGAAGUCAUUCCUGUGCUUUUGGAAAAAUCUACUGACAAGAUCCCUGAACCUAAAGAACAGCGGCAGAAGCAGCCACGGGCAGGACCUAUCAAAGCCCAGAAGCUUCCAGAUUUGAGUCCAGUAGAAAACAAAGAACAUAAGCCUGGUCCCAUUGGAAAGGAACGUUCAUUAAAAAAUAGAAAAGUAAAAGAUGCCCAACAAGUGGAGCCAGAAGGACAAGAGAAAGCAAGUCCUGCUGCAGUCAGAAGCACAGAUCCCGUCACGACAAAGGAAACUAAAGCAGUCUCAGAAAUGUCUACUGAAAUAGGAACAAUGAUCUCGGUAUCAUCUGCAGAAUAUGGUACCAAUUCAAAGGAGUCUGUAACAGACUAUACUACACCUUCUUCUUCUCUGCCUAACACUGUGGCUACUAAUAAUACAAAGAUGGAAGAUACUUUGGUUAAUAAUGUGCCCCUGCCCAACACCAUUCCCCUCCCUAAGAGGGAGACUAUACAACAGAGCUCCAGCCUAACUUCAGUUCCUCCCACUACGUUCAGCCUCACCUUCAAGAUGGAGUCUGCACGCAAGGCAUGGGAGAAUUCUCCAAAUGUAAGGGAAAAGGGGUCUCCAGUAACUUCCACAGCACCUCCUAUUGCAACUGGAGUCAGCAGUAGUACCAGUGGACCAAGCACUGCUAAUUACAAUUCGUUCUCAAGUGCAUCCAUGCCCCAAAUUCCUGUUGCUUCAGUCACUCCCACGACAUCAUUAUCAGGAGCUGGUACAUACACUACCUCUUCUUUGAGUACAAAAUCUACAACCACAUCGGACCCUCCAAAUAUUUGUAAAGUGAAACCUCAACAGUUACAGACAAGCAGCCUGCCUUCUGCAAGUCAUUUUUCACAGUUAAGCUGUAUGCCUUCCCUUAUUGCCCAGCAACAACAGAGUCCACAAGUUUAUGUGUCUCAGUCUGCAGCAGCUCAAAUCCCAGCCUUCUAUAUGGAUACAAGUCAUUUAUUCAAUACCCAACAUGCACGAUUGGCUCCACCAUCCUUGGCUCAACAACAGGGUUUCCAACCAGGUCUCUCUCAGCCAACUUCAGUUCAGCAGAUUCCAAUCCCUAUUUAUGCACCACUGCAAGGGCAGCAUCAAGCCCAACUGAGUUUGGGGGCUGGACCUGCUGUUUCCCAGGCUCAGGAAUUAUUCAGCUCUUCACUUCAACCAUAUAGAUCUCAGCCAGCUUUUAUGCAAAGCAGUUUAUCCCAGCCAUCUGUGGUCCUUUCUGGUACUGCUAUUCACAACUUUCCAACUGUCCAACACCAGGAACUUGCCAAGGCACAAUCCGGUCUUGCCUUUCAGCAAACAUCAAAUACUCAGCCUAUUCCUAUAUUGUAUGAACAUCAACUGGGGCAGGCCUCAGGACUAGGAGGUUCCCAGCUGAUUGACACACAUCUUCUCCAGGCUAGAGCAAAUCUUACCCAGGCUUCAAAUCUUUAUUCUGGACAAGUACAACAGCCUGGUCAGACAAAUUUUUAUAACACUGCCCAGUCACCAAGUGCUCUCCAGCAGGUAAACUAUGGCAUGGUUACAGUACCUUUACCAGCAUCCCAACUCUCCUUGCCUAAUUUUGGAUCUACAGGGCAACCUCUAAUUGCUUUGCCUCAGACUCUUCAGCCCCCGUUACAGCAUACCACUCCCCAAGCACAGCCUCAGAGUCUGAGCCGUCCCGCACAAGUAAGCCAGCCUUUCAGGGGAUUAAUUCCUGCUGGAACACAGCAUAGCAUGAUUGCAACAGCAGGAAAAAUGUCUGAAAUGGAACUAAAAGCCUUUGGAAGUGGCAUUGAUAUAAAACCAGGCACACCUCCAAUCGCUGGUAGAAGCACCACACCAACAUCCAGUCCCUUCCGGGCUACUUCUACAAGUCCGAACAGCCAGUCCAGCAAAAUGAACAGCAUUGUCUACCAGAAGCAGUUCCAAUCAGCCCCUGCCUCUGUGAGAAUGACACAACCAUUUCCUACACAGUUUGCACCCCAGAUUCUCUCUCAGCCUAACCUGGUCCCUCCAUUGGUAAGAGCCCCACAUACUAACACCUUCCCAGCGCCUGUUCAGAGGCCACCAAUGGCACUGGCCAGUCAGAUGCCUCCUCCGCUGACCACAGGCCUCAUGAGCCAUGCUCGUUUGCCACAUGUAGCCAGGGGUCCUUGUGGAUCACUAUCUGGAGUCAGAGGUAAUCAGGCCCAGGCUGCGUUGAAGGCUGAACAAGACAUGAAGAAGAGAGCUGUGGGAAGAGGACUCAGCCACAAGACAUUUGGUCCUAGGUGUUGGCAAAGCAGAGAGCAGAGGUUCUUCAGUCCACGCAACGGUUCUUCUCUGAACAGCAACAGAGCAAACAGAUAGGAGGCAAAGCCCAGAAAGUGGACAGUGAUUCAAGUAAACCUCCUGAAACACUGACUGACCCUCCUGGUGUCUGUCAGGAAAAAGUAGAAGAAAAACCACCCCCUGCACCCUCCAUAGCCACCAAACCUGUUAGAACUGGACCAAUCAAACCUCAGGCGAUCAAAACCGAAGAAACAAAAUCUUAAAGGCUAUGGUUUGUUGCGGGAGAUUGGUUGGGGGGAGGGAAAACAUGGAGAAAUAAAUCAGAUAAUGCCAGCAGCCAAGGGGCAAAAUGGCCUGUGACAUUAUCCUGUUCAGAGCCUGGAGAUGUACAAGGGACAUAGGCGUAAUUUACCCUGACACACAGCUGCUGUACCAGUAAAAACGAGGCUUUGCAAGCUUGCACCUACUAUAUAACAUGCGCUCGGUUGAUGGCCAUGCAUCUUCAGUCAGAAUUUAUACAGAAAUAUAUGCACCCAUUGUUUUGAGUGCAUAUAAUUUAGACCUAAAAAUCUUUUUGACUAGAUGAAACACCAGAAAUAUAAGGAAAAUAAUACAGCAGAGGAAUAGCUCAGCCUGAACAGUGUGGUGGUCCCAGCUAAUUACAUGAGGUGCAGUUUUUUUGCUCCCUUCUGUUCUUUGGAUAUGGUUGUGGCGUUUGUAGGCUUGGCGGUUAAAGGACUGAAGAUAACUGGUGCUGGAUAGAGGAGCCUUUAUUUUUAUUAUGGCAGCUUGCUAUUUUUAUAACAUGGUCAUUGAGUUGAAAACAAUCAAAGUACAGUAGCAACUGAUCUUCCCUUUUUCCUGGAUGAGUGAGCAGAUGAUUAAAUACUGAUGUCAGUAUCCCUGAACCACAUAAAAGUGAGCAGUGUUUGGCUCCACUUCUGUUUGAAAUGAUACUGUGUUUUGGUUGUAGUCCGAAGCUUUGAAGCGCUACUUAGCAUCUCCUUUCUUCCAUGGAGCUCUCAUCAUUCAAACAUGACAGAUUGGUAAAAUACUAGUUAGGUUGAGUCUUCCUUGCCCCCACUCAGUCAUCUUUGAAUGAAUCCCAUAGUUUGGGAUUUUUUUUCUUUUCUUUCUUUCUUUCUUUCUUU